UUCCGCAAUUUCCGCCUUCGCGUUCGCGUUAUGGUUAUGUUUGCGAGGAGAUUCGACGAGUAAUUUUAAUAACUUUUUUUUUUUCUUUCCGUCAGUUGCAGCGAUUACAGCGAGUCAUCACCGUCGCCGUGGUCGUUGCUUCUCGUCACGGAUAAAAAAAAACCUCUUCCUUAUUUCGAGCUUUUUCGUGCGUACGCGAGUGUUUCUCGGGGCGAACACCCGGAACAGCGAAAUAUGUGUCUGCGUAUAUAUUCGACUUAACAAUAUAUUUAGCUGCGAAAUGUCAGCAGACAUCACGGAUUCUGACGGAAUUGUCGCGCGUGCAGAAUAUACUAACGAUGGCUAUCUCGUUGAUGAGAUCGAGCGUGUCGAUUUGUCGGAACUGCAAUUCGAGGACAAUGAUAAUUGGUUGUACAUACCUUCACAAUGCUCAACAGAAUCUGCAAUCCAUGAUCUAUAUGCCUGGUUAAAAACAGAACCGGAAUUGGAUACUCGAGGUACAAGAGCUAAUAAUAUUAACAAGAAGUGCAUCAAUACAAGGACAUUUACAAGAUCUAAAAAACGUUCUGCUCGACUAAGUUUUGAAUCGAUUUUUGAAGGAUUACCACCUUCCCCUUCGUCGAAUGUAUGGAAUCAAAAUACAGAUGUUACGCAAAUAAAAGAUGCAGGAAAACAUUUGCCUGUCACAAUCGAAGGCAAGGAAUCUGUGCCACCAAUGCUGAAGCCAUCCAUCAUGACGGCUACGAACAAUUUUCCCGGUGAAACUUUAGUAAUAUCAGGACAGGAAAGCAUGGAAGCUUUUCUGAAUUUGUCUCAGUCCAAAGGAAUUGAUUCGUUCAUAAAUUUAGGCGAACCCGAAUUUAACGAUCUACUGAUGAAUGUGUCGCAGCCUUCUCUUAUGUAUACAUCUGUUACUUCGUUUAUGAACGAUUCCACGUUUAUGAAAAACGACACAAUGCAAAUGACAAACGCGCAUACAGCUAAACGCAGCAGCGAUGUAGAAGAGAAGUCAAACUCGAAUAGCGGCAAUGAAACGUUCGUGAUGCAAAGCGCCAACAAUAGAAUUACGCUGGACACCGCGUACUGCACAAAUUCUUCAAGUAAUACCGUUUGCAAAGAGCUUGUUCAACCUGAUUUGAACGAAACGUAUAAUGCUGAAGCUCCUGUCGAAGCGUCAGCACUGUGGUCGAAUCUCAACAAAGAAGAAACAUCUUUGUCUUCCACUUUUCUAACCGAGCCUAACGUUGACGUAAACUUUGCGCAACUGCAAAAUGAGGCCAACAACGACGUUAAGCCGUUAGAUGUCACGUAUUUAUCCUCGCCGAAGGACGCCGAAGGACAGAAUUUAACCGUAUCGAUUGAGAGUGACACGUACAAGCCCACAAUGCGAGCGAACACGGCGGAUCUGAAUAUGACGUGUGACAUUCUGUCGGACAAUACCGCGGUGUCCGCGGCGCAGCUUGCGCCACGCGCUGGUGAGAACGUCUUGAAUAUAUCUUUCAAAGUACCUGUCUGUAAUCAAUCUACACCGAUGAAUCCAAACAUGCUGAAUCCUACGUCAAAACUCGCCAUGAAGCAUUCGGAACAGCCGCGGCAAACUCUGUAUUCCACGCUGAAAGCUCCCACAUCGUUGAGACGAGAGCUGCUGGCAGAAAUUCAACGAAGUGGUGAGCGCAGGCUGGACUCCACGUACACUAAUAUUCCUAGUGAUCAUCCCGGCUUAAGGGACACCAAAGAGAAUAUUCACAUAGCUUGUAAUGAGAAUGAGACUGACAUCUCUCCGUCGAACAGAUACCACACGUACAGAAAGUCAACUCUGAUAACGGCGACAAAUCAGUACAGGAAUCAGAGGGAUGCGGCGAUGACUGCUCAAAAGGAGUUGCCAGUGGACCAACGUAAAUUUUAUACUUUCACGAAGAAGAGCAACAAUCUCGUCAAAAAGACUGAUUUAAUGGCCUCCAAUGAAAACACCGAGAUGCGUCCGAGCCUGGACAGCAUGUUCCGCAAGCCUCUUCCGCCGAACGCGCAAAAGAGAAACCUACCCAAGACGUUGUCGAAGUUGCCUCAGUUCCUGCAGAAGUCCAAUCCGAAUCUCGUGUCGAGCUCGCUGAAGACCGUCGGCGGCGUGUCCGUCAGCCGCUUAUCCAGUGUCGGAUACAUCAAGGGUUCGCAGCCUAAUAUCGCGGGGAACAUCGCGGAGAAGUCGCCGAGUAAGCUGCAUCCGUACGGCAAGCUGAGGAGCGGUUCCGAGCAGCGACUCGUCGACGCGGAUGCCAACAGCCAGUUUCCGAUGAAGGGCAUGGCCGCUGGCUCGACGGAGAGCAUAGAGAGCACUCAGAGUGCUCACAGCGCUCCCGACCUGGACGACAGGCUCAGCACGUGCUCGGAUAGCAGCAGUCAUAAUUCCUGCAAACACACGAUGGAUAUCAAUCAACUGCAUCAACUAGUACGAAUGCAGGAAGAGAGUUUGAAACAGGAUGUGAUGCCGAAACUGAGCAGACGGGUUCUAGAAAACACUUGGAUUGAGGAAAAAACGGAUCUGCCCUCCCCGAUUUUGAAAAAUGGUGUAGGACACGGAGAGACUGACAGACAUUUUUUAAAUACUGAUACAAGUAUGAAAUGUAGCUCUCCGUUAGAGAGUUUUACUGAGUCUAGUCAUGCGUUAAACAAUGACGGCAAUCCUGAAGCUAACAUAGCAAAGAGCAAGAGUGAGGUUGAAAAGACAGAGAGUCCCAAUCAAAUAAUGCCUAAAAAUGAGAAUAAGACUCGAUUGAAACAGCCAACUAACUGGAAUGCCGGAAGUAAGCCAGCUACUGUGAUGAGCGGAAUUCCUAGACCUGCGUCACGCAUACCGGCUCUCAGAUUUGCCCGGCCGAGUGCGAAAACUACUGAAGCCGAUCUAAAAAAGAGACCCACGUGAAAUUUCGAAUGGUAAAAACAUGUAAAAAUAGAGAAACUUUUACGAAUGUUUAAUUUAAAUAUUUAAUUAAUACUCUCUACCAUGGCGAUUAGAAAAAUGGGAGGAUAUUUUUAAUUCCAUUAUAUAAUAAGAAUGAAGUUCCUUGAAGCUGAUAAGAAUUAGCUUCUUGAUAAGAAUUCAGUAUUAUUGAGCUUCCAAGUCCAGAUAAUAAAAAGCAAUUAUUAUUUAUAAUGCUAUAUCGAUUUAUAGAAUCAAGUGCAUCAAAUUGAGAAUAAAACUUGAUUGAAACAGCUAACCAGUUGAAAUGCGUCAAGCAAGCUAACUGAUGUGAUAAGUUAUUUCUCUGAGCCUCCAAAACGAAUAAUUGCUUGUAAACUUGCCUACGUGACUGUAGCUUACUCAAUCUUGAGUAAUUUUCGCACUCACUUAGGCAAAAUUUAAAAAAUUCACUUAUCACAUUAGUUAACUCCUGGCAUUUCAAUUUGUAAGCUGUCGCAAUCAAGAUUUAUUCAUUUAUUCACAAUUUUAUGCACUUGAUUCUACAAGUUUCCGGAUUUCCGGAUUUCUGCUCAUCAAUCAGCUUGCUUCUGGCAUUAUUAUUACGAUAUUAUCAUAUAAUAGAACGUAACGUAUCACCGUGUCUCUAAUCGCCAUGCUAGAACUGGUUAUGUAUUUGAGUGUAUUUUAAUUAUUUAUAAUAUUUUCAUGUUGCUUAUUUGUAUUCCAUUUGUAAAAUUAGUAACGUAAUAUCGCGUCUCAUAUUAUUGCUCCUGUUUGAUGCGUAUGUGCAUUUUUUUUUAAGCAUAAUCUUGUAGCUGAUACGCAUUGCUAAUAUAUAUAUGUAUUCUUUUGUCUUAAAUUAUUACGUGAUUUUUGUAAAAUACUUUGAAAGUUUGUUUAUUGCGUUCUUUCCAGCUAGUUGCACAAGUCGACACAAGUAUCAUUCUUUGUUCAAUAUCCAAUGAGCAAAGAGAGAAUAUUUUGUGUACUCUUGUGUCACUAGCUGGAAAGCACCUAAUUGCAAUAUUAAAAAAUCUUCAUUUAUUUCGCGAGCAGAACAAUUUAAAUUAUAAAUUUUAUCGUAACUAAAACCAAGCUUCCAAGCUAUCGAUCGUAUUGGUGUUGCUUGUAAUUUCUACGCAAUGUAAUAAUCGAAAUUUUUCGGUAUUUUAUACCGAAAACCCGAAAGAGAAAAUUAUUUUCCACGUGAUAGUAAAUGCAAGCAACAGCAAUAAACAGAAAAAUUCAUGUAUAUAAAG